AUGUUAUCCAUAUGGUAUGACAAAAUACCUAAUAAGACCGUCGUUUGGUAUCCAAAAGGUGGUCCUAUGGUGCCCAGAGGAUCAAAAGUUGAGCUACGUGAUGGGCGUGGGCUCGUACUAAGUGAUCCUCAAGGCAAAGAGGUAUGGACUUCAGAGUCCAAUAUUUCGGAUCGUGCAUAUGGUUUUAUGAACGAUACUGGUAACUUUGUGAUUGUUGAUGGCAUUUCCCGCAAGGUGUGGGAGAGCUUUCGCUUUCCAACAGAUACAAUACUUCCUACUCAGGUUAUGGAGAGAUCUGGAGAGCUAAUAUCAAAGAUAAGCGAAACAAACUUCACUUUGGGAAGAUUUCAGUUGACUUUGCUUCAAGAUGGAAAUCUUAUUCUUAGGAAGCGCGAUAUACGAUCUGGUGUUUUAUAUAACACGUACUAUAGAAGUGGCACCCGUGACUCCAAUAGGUCGAUUGCUGGUAAACAGUUGAUCUAUGACGAGACAGGAUACAUGUAUGUAUUGAAAGGAAGUGGCCAAAUAGUAGAUCUUAAUCGGAAAGAUGCAAUUAAUUCUAGACUUUAUUACCAAAGAGCAACUCUAGAAUCUAAUGGGGUUUUCACUCAAUAUUAUUACCCCAAGAAUCCUACUGGCAAUACAGACUGGACAGUUUUACGGCCCCUGCCAGACUACAUAUGUGACUGGAUCGAUGGGACCGAUGGUACCGGAGCUUGUGGGUUUAACAGUGUUUGCAGCCUUGAUGGUAACCGCGUAAACUGUGAGUGCCCGAAGGGGUUUUCUUUGCUUGAUCCCAAUGAUCCAAUUGGUGAUUGCAAGCCUGUUUCCGCUCCAACCUGCGAUGAAGGUUAUGAUGGAAACCAGUUUGAUUUCAUCGAACUCACCAACAUUGAUUGGCCAGGAUCUGAUUAUGUGCAGAUGCUGGAAGAAGAAGCUUCCACUCUCUAA